GCUCAGUAGCUUUUCAACUGUCGAGAGAAUCGCGUCGCAUUUGCUCUUGAAUAAUUUUCUGCAUAAUUUUGACGCUAUUUUCUCAAGAAAUUGCCAUCAAGAAGUGCUCUAGUUAGUGCAGCAGCUGUCUACUAAUCCUGAAGUGAGGAAAUUUGAGAAAAUUUCCGCUCAAUUGCGUGGAAAAUCUCUGAUUCAUCGACAGUGACGUCACAGUGUUAUUUUUCUCAAUCCAAAAAUUCAUCGAUUUUCUGUGGGAAUUCGUGGCAGGAAGUUGAGGAGAAGUGUUGAAAAUCCUUCAGGAAGGACAAAUUGACAGAAUUACUGUGAAAGUGCCUGUUAAAAAAGGUUUUAUUUAGGGAAAAUAUGAUUGUUUUUACUCCUGUGCAAAUUAACAUAACCUCACAAUUGCUUCUGAGGAAUCAUCCGGAGAUUUUGGGCUUUUCCGGGCUGUAAAAGUGAAAUUGAAGUGUGUGAAAGACUAGAAAUUUUUCUCUAGACAUUGAGGAAGGUGGUGAUAUAAGUUUUUGGGUGAAGAAACUUGAGGAAAGGUGUUUCUGGAAGACUUUGAAGACUCUGUGUAAAGUGAUUUGAUUUAGAAAUAAAGCAGACAUGAAUGUCCGGGUUUUGACGCCGUCUGUGAUUAGACCACUCUCAAAAUUGCACUCUCCAGUGGGCAGACAAAUGCCCAAGAAGUGUCUCUUGGAGAGGAUUAAGAAGGACCUCUUUGGACCUGUCAAUCAGGAAGAUGCUAAACAUUUCAUCCAAAAAGAACUGACCAAGAGCCAGAAGGAAGCAUCUAAGCGCUGGGGAUUUGAUUUCUCGCGUGGUGAACCUCUCCGGGAUCACAGUCAGUUUGUCUGGAAGCGUGUUCCGCCAACUGUGAUGCCGGAGAUGUUCACCCUGAGUCGAGCAGCUCACUGUCGAGAGAUCCCCGGUGUAUCAUCCGGAGAUGCAUCAGAUUGCGAAGAUAUGAGUCCUGAGCAGGAUCUGAUGGACUCCAGAGCGCACAAUGAGCAUCGUCAGCAGGAGAUGACACCCGCCUGCUCGAGUUCCAGAUGUCUCAAGAAGGACAGAGCCACAAGGCAGCCCAAGAUAACAGAAUACCUCAAGGAACGCAAGAGAUUGGCACCAAGUCCGCUGAAGAAGAUGUCAGGUGCCUCUGAGGGAAGUUUUCCAGCCAAACGAGGGCGUUUCAAUCAGUUUUCACAGUGAAAAAGGGGUUUGAUCUAGAUAUCUUUUUGAUGAUACUAAGAAUAGCGCUUGCAGAUAUUAUUUUCGUUAAUUUAAAGAAAAUCACAGAUAAGAGAAUGAUGGUCUUGCUGCAAAUUGAUGAAGUUUCUUGGAAGUGGAAUGUGCAAUAAGGCAAGUGGAAUGAAAUUGUGAGGAAUUAUUUUAACGAAAAUGAUUAAAAGAAAAAUUAUACAUUAAGAAAAAAAAUAAAAAUAUAGGAAAUAAGAUGAGUGAAACACUCAGCAUAAUUAUCUUAAGGCUAAUUUUAAGACUUUAAUUUCGAUUUCGGUUUAUUUAUUUUGAAAGAUUUCUGAAGUAUUUUUCUGUGAAUUUUUCUCUGCAUUUUUCUAUAUUCGGGGGAAAUUCAAAGAAAAUUAUUCCGGAUGUCUCCAGUAAAAAAAAUGAAUUGAUGAAUUUCUUUAAAAAAAAAAUCAACAUUUUCAUGUGUUUUUUUGCGUCAACGCGUGCCAUUUAUGUAAAUAGAUGAUAAGAGAAUAAAAUGCUUUUCCUUUUUUCGGACUCAGCUUACAAACUCGACAAGGUAGAAUUUUAAGAACAGGAGAUUGUAUUUGUACAAAAGAAAUGCCACAAAUUCAAUAAAAUAAAUAUAUAGUAAGA